CAGGGGUCUCAUUUUAGGGUUCUUUUCGGUUCUUCGUUUAGGGUUUUACAGUAUUUUCUCUCGAUUCGCGUCUUCGAUUCGAUCGAUUCGAGGUUCUGGGAUUGUGCGCGAUGAGCAAGCCGGCGUGGACCACGCAUUUGGUUGUGAAGCUCGUCCGUGGCCUGCCGGGGACGAAGCAGAAGCACAGGACGGCGCUGGUGAAGACGCUGGGGAUUCCAAAGCGAGGGCAUUCGGUGGUGGUGAAAAACACGCCCACUGUUUUGGGGCUCAUCGAGCAGGUGAAGAGGCUUGUGGAAGUGGAGACUUUGGAGAUGUACAUGGAGAGGAUCCAGAAUGAGAUCUUGGCGAAGAAAUGCCGGCCUCCAUUCGUGAUGAGACACAAUGUUCCUGUGGAUCAAGGAAAGGAGAGCACGCAAAAAAAGACUGGUUGAUCGACCUGUCAUUGUUGUCAUUGUUUGUGCUCUCUAAAUUCUCGAGGUAAAAUCUACUCAGCUCUGGAAGUUCUUUGGUCCAAGUCUCGAAAAUCACGAAAGGAAUCAUAAUUUGGCAUUCA